AUGAACCGGCAGCAAUGCAAUCUCAGCAAUUUGAUACACCUUGUCAGAUGCACGCGCUGCGAGGAUCCCCGCGACAAGAUCUACGCACUACUUUCGCUCGAGGAUCAGGCGGUGAGAGAAGCUCAUCCGAUUCUGCCCAACUACAAACUCCUCGUCUGGGACCUAUUCAUCGAUGUCUACGUCACAAGGCUGUAUGAGGACAUAGCAACCGACCGAACUUUCGUCAAGGGCCUCCUUGCUGCGCUUGAGCUCAGAAAGCCAGGCUGCGGCGGAUAUCUUCAACGCAAUGGCCGUGGUGGGAGGUAUGGGUUUGGGAUGGUGGCAUGUGUGUUCUUUGAAGCGCUGAAACUGAAGGGCCUCAGAGUGCGCAAUUGCCGAUGGCUUCUCCCAGCCAUUCAAGUCUUCUACAAUGAGGACUUACUUGGUACACGGGAAUCAGAAGCCACGAAGGCCGCCGAAUCGUUCAUCUGUGACUACAAUAGGCAUAUGAGUUUCUUCACAACUGAUUGGCGCUGGCUACCCACUCGUUUGAGGUGCCAGGCAGUCGAUUGUGACUGGUGGCGGCAUGAUGACAACCCAACGACGCAUUUGCGGAUAACAUCUCGUAGCAGAGGCUGA